AUCCUACACAAAGAAUAACGCUUUCUCUUCCUCCUUGGCUGUCUUCUAUCGAUCUGCUCAGGGUGUCGGAGCUUCCUGUUACCUCUAGAUCACAGGAGCAAACUUACUGGAUUGAUAAUGAAUGUAGAAAAUGAAGUUAAACUCUUGGUGGAGCAGAUGCAUCGUCUUGGCACAAGAGGCCCGGAUGGAAAACUGAAAGUAAAGUUCGGUGUAUUAUUUCAUGAUGACCAGUGCGCCAAUUUAUUUGAAGCCAUGGUUGGAACCCUAAAAGCUGGCAAACGCAAGAAGCUUUUAACAUACGAUUCAGAAAUGCUUUUACAAGGGGUACAUGACGACGUAGAGAUUGUGCUGCUUCAGGAGUGAUCUGGAUUACAGAUGUCAUUUUGGCUGCACUAAAGAACAUCUUUUUAGUCUAAAGAAAACCCUUUUCAGGAAAACCUGUGCGCAAUCAAGAUGAUAAAUGUAUUUUUUAUAUCGGACAUUCAUGAUAACUUUUUUUUGUUCCGUUAAUGCUUUGUUUGAAAAUACAUUCCCUUUGGCACCUUUAAUGUGUAAACCAGCAAUAAAGUCUAUUCAUACUGAA